UCUACGCGUCACUUACUUAGUGUGUCAUUCAUCUCCACGACAUAAGCCAGUCGAAAACGACACGGCAAUUAUCCGCACCGUGUUCGGUCGGACAUGAUGGGGGCUGGGUGCAUGAGAUUCCCACAGCCUGGUUCAGGCGACCACCAGGUGUCCGAGCUCCAGACGCUCAACUGAGCCACAACCUCAUCCUUUACGCGCCAGCCAAUCAUAUUCAACCAACUCGAGACAGCUAGAAAUGACUAUCUUUUCUUUCUUCGUAUAAGACAUGAUGUCUCCGUCUGAGAACAGCUAUGAAACUCGUCACAGAACCAUCGCCUUCCAGUUUUCCUUUCUAUAAUUUCCACCUAUCUAUAUAGCUAUUUGACAGCUACUCAUCGCUUGAGCAAUCCCAGUCAAUAUGGACACGCUUCUUUAUCAACUCAUUGCGAGAGCGGUCGAUGAGAAUGGAAUCGACCCCAAUAACAUCGACGUUAAUACCACCGACCCGAUGAAAAUAGCAAUGUCGUUGAAAUACUGCAAAGUCGGCAAGUGUCCUGAGGCAUGGCAGAAAAUCGAGUACCAACCCAACAUUCCCGGCAAUGUCAUUUAUAUGCUCUGCUUCUUGGCUCUGGCCGGUGGUCAGGUGUGGUACGGCGUUCGGAACAAGACCUGGUCGUAUAUGGGCACGAUGGUUGCUGGUAUACUUGGAGAGAUGGUUGGUUACAUCGGCCGCAUCAUGUUGUCCCUGAAUCCAUUCAUCAUGAACAACUUCCUAAUCAACUUGAUUCCUCUCACCAUCGCCCCUGCUUUGCUCACUGCAGGUAUAUAUCUCUGCCUUGGUCGCGUCAUCGUAGCCAAGGGCAGUGCCAACUCUCGUCUUAAACCUAAGAUGUACACCUACAUCUUUGUUGGUUGCGAUCUCCUUGCUUUGGUACUCCAAGCAAUUGGUGGUGGUAUGGCUGCUACUGCGAGAGACAAAGCCGGCUCCAGGCAGGGUGUCAACAUCAUGAUUGCUGGUCUGAUCUCUCAGGUCAUCACAAUCGCUCUAUUCUUGACUAUCUGGGGCGACUUUGUACUGCGCACUCGCCACGCUAAGCGCUCCGGCACAUUGUCACGAACCCAGCCCCCGCUCUACAGUGACUUACGAUCUACGAAGAACUUCCAGUACUUUCAGUGGAGUCUGUUGGUUGCCACCGUUCUCAUCUUCGUUAGAUGCAUUUACCGGGUCGCCGAGCUUUGGGAAGGUUUUGGUGGGCACCUUGCCAACCACGAGGCGUCAUUUAUGGUUUUCGAAGGACCUGCUAUCAUUCUUGCUGUUUGCGCCAUGACGAUCUUCCACCCUGGCCGUAUAUUUGGCGAUCUCUGGAUUCCUGCUGGCAAGGGCGUGGUCACCAUGAACAAGCUCAACAACGAUGAAAGUUCGGUACAGCUCACCGAGACCCAGUGGAACCAUACUGCAUACGACCCUGUACCGCAGACAGGGAGUAUCGCCUAGUGGAGGAAGAGAAACCAGGAACGCAGAGAUGAUCACGACAUGCAGAGGCGUUACUAUCGCCCUCCUUACGGCUUGGAGUUGAUCUACUGCGUUUCAAAAUCGAUGCGGAUUGUACGUACAUUGGCGUUAUGGAUAGAUUAUACCAGGGUACAGCGAUUGCUUUCAUGGCAUAGGAUAGUCUUCAGGUAGUUACCAGAGUUGCAAAAGCACGUUCCUCAAGGCACG